GUGCAAGUGGUGUGGUGCACAAUGGAUCCGGUCACCUACAUUAGGACCUCCUGGAUUAGGACCUCCUGGAUUAGGACCUCCUGGAUUAGGACCUCCUGGAUUAGGACCUCCUGGAUUAGGACCUCCUGGAUUAGGACCUCCUGGAUUAGGACCUCCUGGAUUAGGUAUGGAUCCGUACCAAUUUAUUGGUACAGGCAGUUGAAGUUGGAUCCGGUGCAAGUGGUGUGGUGCACAAUGGAUCCGGUCACCUACAUUAGGACCUCCUGGAUUAGGACCUCCUGGAUUAGGACCUCCUGGAUUAGGACCUCCUGGAUUAGGACCUCCUGGAUUAGGACCUCCUGGAUUAGGACCUCCUGGAUUAGGACCUCCUGGAUU